CGCUAGAGAACGCUGUUCUUAGGCUUAGUGGUGGUCGACGCGCAGGAGCGGAGCAGCAUAACCUCGACGGCGGCGCGCGCGAGGUGCUCGGGGAAAUGCCCGCGCGAGCUCAGCGCUCUUGGAGACGGGAAUCAUGCUUGUCGCCCGCGGGCUCCGGCGUGUCGCGGUGUCCAGCCUCGUGCGCUGGGACAUGAGCGUCGUUGCGGCUCGACAUGCCGCGUCGAGUUUGGCAGUCCCGGGGGCCGACGCGAGGUUCCACGACUACGACGCAGCCAUCACGGCGUGCGUCGAGAGGCAGGCGCUCGGAGAGGGCAGGCAGGUGCACGCGCACAUGGUCAAGGCGAGGUACCGCCCGCCGGUGUACCUGGCGACGCGGCUGAUCAUCUUGUACGUGAGGUGCGGCGCGCUGGACGACGCACGCAACGUGCUCGACGGGAUGCCUGAACGGAACGUGGUGUCCUGGACGGCCAUGAUAUCUGGGUAUUCCCAGAGUGGUCGGCACGCCGAGGCCUUGGAGCUGUUCAUCCGGAUGCUCAGAGCUGGAUGCAAGGCUAAUGAAUUUACGUUGGCAACUGUUCUUACAUCUUGUCCUGUCCAUCAAAGCAUACAACAGGUCGAGCAAGUCCAUUCUCUUGUUGUCAAGACAAAUUUUGAGUCACACAUGUUUGUUGGGAGCUCCCUUCUUGACAUGUACGGCAAGUCAGGGAAUAUCCAAGAAGCACGGAAGGUGUUUGACAUGCUUCCAGAAAGAGACACUGUUUCCUGUACUGCCAUUAUAUCCGGCUAUGCUCAACUUGGCCUUGACGAUGAAGCCUUGGACUUGUUCAGGCAGUUGUACAGUUCAGGGAUGCAAUGCAAUUAUGUUACUUUCACUACCCUUCUCACUUCACUGUCUGGGCUGGCCUCCCUGAAUUAUGGCAAGCAAGUUCAUGGGCUAAUACUUCGUAAAGAGUUGCCAUUUUUCAUUGUUCUACAGAAUUCUUUGAUUGAUAUGUACUCCAAAUGCGGCAAGCUGCUAUACUCAAGAAGGGUAUUUGACAACAUGCCACAGAGAUCAGCCAUCAGUUGGAAUGCGAUGCUUAUGGGAUAUGGUAGACAUGGCAUAGGGCAGGAAGUUGUCCAGCUCUUUAGAACUAUGACUGAAGAAGUGAAGCCUGACAGUGUCACUCUGUUGGCUGUUUUGUCUGGUUGUAGUCAUGGUGGGCUGGUUGAUGAGGGCCUUGAUAUAUUCGAUCUUAUAGUCAAAGAACAAAAUGCAGUCAUCCAUAUUGGACAUUAUGGGUGUGUCAUUGAUCUUCUUGGACGUUCUGGACAACUACAAAAGGCUUUAGAUUUGAUAGAACAUAUGCCAUUUGAGCCAACUCCAGCAAUUUGGGGUUCAUUGCUUGGUGCUUGCAGGGUUCAUAUUAACGUUUCUGUCGGCGAGGUUGUUGCUCAGAAGCUUCUGGACAUGGAGCCUGGAAAUGCUGGCAACUAUGUGAUCCUUUCAAACAUUUACGCUGCUGCUGGAAUGUGGAAAGAUGUUUUCAGAGUAAGGAAGUUAAUGUUGGAGAAUACAGUCACCAAGGAACCAGCGAAGAGCUGGAUAAUUCUUGACAAGGUUAUCCACACCUUCCACUCAAGUGAGCGUUUCCAUCCCAGGAAGAAAGAUAUAAAUGCUAAGAUAAAAGAGGUAUAUGUUGAUGUUAAAGCAGCUGGCUUUGUUCCUGACCUGAGCUGUGUCCUGCAUGAUGUUGACGAUGAGCAGAAAGAACGCAUGCUACUUGGUCACAGUGAGAAGCUGGCUAUAACUUUUGGACUGAUGAACACUCCUCCAGGCUUGACUAUCCAGGUUAUGAAGAAUCUUCGAAUCUGUGUUGACUGCCACAAUUUUGCGAAGUUUGUUUCAAAAGUUUAUGGAAGGGAGAUAUCUCUCAGGGACAAAAAUCGGUUUCACCUACUUAAAGAUGGAGCUUGCACCUGUGGAGAUUACUGGUGAUCGAAAUUUUGCCAUAUUAUUCAUAUAUAGCAUUGCUCAUAGGAAGAUCAUUUUUUCAUUCCAAUAAUACAGCUAGCAACAUAAGCAAUGAAUGUUGACCCUGAGAGGACCGAACAGAAAAUGCCCUAUUGUGUGCUCAUUCCGAGUUCUGGUGUCAGACAAGAUCAGCAAAGAUUGGCUGCUAAUAGGAAGAUCAUUUUUCAUUCCAAUAAUACAGUUAGCAACAUAAGCAAUGAAUGUUGACCAUGAGGGGACCGAACAGAAAAUGUCCUAUUGUGUGCUCAUUCCGAGUUCUGGUGUCAGACAAGAUCAGCAAAGAUUGGCUGCAAAGAACCACAAUAAAUUCUUAUCAGCACUCCAUAACUUGUGGCUACUGAAAGAUGUCUUUUCACAGGAAAUACUGUACUUCAAAAUUAGAAUGAAGCUCAGCACAUGCUCUUGAUGGUAGCUCGUUGCGCGAAGGGCAAUUCAGGACUUUAGGCUGUGUCAGGGGUCAUGGCAGGCCCCAGAAACCUACCAAGGUUUGCAGCUCUAUAACUGAAGCUAUUAUACCAUGUGACUGCAUGAUUCCUAUUGUUUGUCUUAUAAUGAAAAAUAAUGCCAAGUCCUUUGAAUUA